UCUCUCUCUCUCUCUCUAAUAUUUCUUUCUUUCUUUCUUUCUUUCGUUCUUUCCCUCUCUCUCUCUCUCUCUCCCUCCUCUUUUCUUCUUUACCUUUCCUUCUAGAUCCAAUGAGAGGAAGAGAACACUCCCCCCACGAACCCAUAAUUUCACUUAGCCCUUAGCCCUUAGCCCUUAUCUAUUAUUAUAUCAUCUUUGUGGGUUGUCUUUGAGAGACCCUCUCAGUGUCAGAGCCAGAGAAAUGGCGACGAGAGGUAGCAGAUCGGAGAAGGUGAAGAGGAUUUUCCAGCAAUUCGAUGGGAACCGCGACGGAGGGCUCAACAGAGACGAAAUGUCGGCGCUUGUGGUGGCGGUGAACCCGAGGGUCAAGUUCAGCGACGAGCAAAUCAACGCCAUUCUCGACGAGGUUUUCCGGACCUAUGGCGAGUUCAUCGACGGGGAGAAGGGCCUGACCUACGAGGGGCUGUUGCGGACCUAUGACGACGGCGCCGGCGACGUGGACCGUGACUUCGACGCGCUGGAGCUCGAGCUCGGUCUGGACGAGAACAUCAAGGGAAUCUCCGAAGCGUCGUCGUCUUCGAUUGUCGACGAGCGCGCAAUCGACGCCCAGAAGAAGCAGAGGACCGCUGCGUGGGCGGUGUCACCCAACCACGGGAUCGUCUUCGACGACACGUGGAAGAUCGUCGACGACUUGGAGAUUCUCAUCAAGAGGCUCAAGGCAAAGCAAGCGAAGGAUGGGAAAUUGAAAGGGGACAAUUUCGACGCGUACUCGGACGCUGGGUGGUCUAGGGAAUUGGGACCGUCAACGGAGAUUUCUGACAAAAGGGUGUUCUGGGAAGAGUCCGGACACGACUACGCGGCGUUCGUGAAGGAAUUGGGGGUUCUGAGGAGCCGAGCCGACGGGGCGAGGUCGAGAGAGGAGGCCUUUGAUGGGCACAUGGCGAUCGGUAGGGUCUUGUACGAGCACCAGUUGUUUAAGGAGGCUUUGGUGAGCUUCAAGAGGGCUUGUGAGUUGCAACCCGUGGAUGUGAGGCCGCAUUUCAGAGCUGGAAAUUGCCACUAUGUGCUUGGGAAGUACAAGGAGGCCAAGGAGGAGUUUUUGUUGGCUCUGGAGGCGGCCGAGGCUGGUGGGAACCAGUGGGGCUACUUGCUGCCACAGAUAUAUGUCAAUCUUGGGAUUGCGCUGGAAGGUGAAGGUAUGGUUCUUAGUGCUUGUGAGUACUAUAGAGAGGCUGCAAUUCUUUGUCCUACACAUUUUAGAGCUUUGAAGCUUUUGGGUAGUGCUCUGUUUGGGGUGGGGGAAUAUAGGGCGGCCGUGAAGGCCUUAGAAGAGGCUAUAUUCAUGAAACCGGAUUAUGCUGACGCACAUUGCGAUUUGGCGUCGGCUUUGCAUGCCAUGAGUGAGGAUGAGAGGGCGAUUGAGGUGUUUCAGAAGGCUAUUGAUUUGAAACCCGGUCAUGUUGACGCUUUGUACAAUUUGGGUGGGCUGUAUAUGGACUUGGGUAGGUUUCAGAGAGCCUCAGAGAUGUAUACUAGGGUUUUAGCUGUGUGGCCGAAUCAUUGGCGGGCACAGCUCAACAAGGCUGUGUCCUUGUUGGGGGCUGGGGAAACUGAGGAGGCUAAGAAAGCUUUGAAGGAAGCGUUGAAGAUGACAAACAGGGUUGAAUUGCAUGAUGCGAUAUCACAUUUGAAGCAGUUACAGAAGAAGAAGGUGAAAUCUAAUGGGGGUGCCAAUGGGGAAGGGGCAUUUGUCACUGUGGAAUUCUCGAGAUUUAAGACUGUGGGGGACAAGACUACCUUGAGACCGGACUUGGCCAAUGCUCUUCAAAUUAGAGCUUUCCAGAGGAUUACCAGGUUGAGUCGUUGCGAUGUAGAUCUUCUGAAGAGGGAAAUGAUUGAUCGUGAUGUGCCUGUGUCCUAUUCCGGUGCUGGCGCUCCCCAGAAAACCAUACGUAAGCCUAACUUGGAAGAAAUUCUCCGCCGUCUACUCAACUUCCUAAAGCCUGAAACAUUCCAAGGAGCUGUCAAAGCCAUAAACGAGAGGAUACUCUCUGUCCUGGACGAAACAGGCUCAGGCAGGGUGGAUUUGGGCAUGUUCUAUGCUGUCCUUGCCCCCAUUUGCAGCGGCCCUCUAGAUAAGCGUAAGCGUGUGGCUUUUGAUGCGCUUCUGUGGCGUCCUGUGAAUGAAGGCAUUUCGCAGAUUAGAAAGGUCGAUGCUGUUACAUACAUCAAACUGUUGAGGGCUAUCUAUGUCCCUUCUGAUGGGGUUAGUGAGAUGCUGGAACUCCAUGGAGACGUGGAUGCUUCACUGGUGUCUUACUCUGAGUUUCUUGUCAUGUUUGACGAUCGCGAUUGGGGUUUUGGUAUCAUGUCCACUCUGUUGAAGCUUGAAACUGGGGAUAGGAACCGCCAUGGCCGCUAUGUUUGUGCAGUUUGCCGCUAUCCGGUUAUUGGAUCCCGCUUCAAGGAGAUAAAAUCUCAUUUUAGUCUGUGUAAUCAAUGUUACAGUGAGGGAAAGGUGCCUUCUACCUACAAGCAGGAAGAGUACAGAUUCAGAGAGUAUGGAAGUGAAGCUGAAGCGAUGAAAGACAAGUGCAUGUGCUUUAAUGUGCAAUCCCAUAAUGAUCCGUAGCUAGAAGACUUAGAAGUUUUUCCUUUUUUCUUCCAUCAUGUUAUUCUAGUUGUUAAGUGUGAGAUAUAUAGUUCAUCGAUGUGUUUAGCGAGCUUCAUGCCCUUGUAUAAUAAAAUUUGUCAAGUUGUUGCUCUGAAA